AUUCCAGCUAGACAUUGCACAGUAAGGAAAAAAAAAAAAAAAAGCCAGAGGCAAUCUUGUUUAAAAGUACAGAAGAUAAUAAAAGAAGAUUUGCGGUAGUGGCGAGCAUAAAAAAAAAAAAAAAACACUCUCUUCUCUUUCUCUCUGUUCCCAUUUUGCUUUAAAUAUUCGUUUGAUUCUUUUUCUUUUCUCUUCGUGUUUUUGAUUCCGAUUAAAACGUCAUAUUCCCGGCGAAGCUUAUGUAGCCGGAAUCUUAAACUGUUUUGGAAAACGGAGAAAAUCCCCCUCCAAAAAAAGAAAUGUCUGUGUACGACGCGGCAUUUGUUAACACGGAGCUAUCAAAGCCGACGUCGAUUUUCGGGUUAAGACUAUGGGUAGUGAUAGGGAUUCUUCUUGGUUCACUCAUAGUCUUGACUCUGUUUCUUUUCUCACUUUGCCUCACAACACGCCGCAAAUCUCGCAGACAUCAACACCUAGACCCCACUCCACCAAUCUCCAAAGAGAUCCAAGAAAUAGUCCAACACCCGCCCGCACCAGAUCUCCACCAUAGCGCCCUUCCGGUGCCGGAGAUUCAAGUGGACUUGGGAAAAGUGGAGCACAGAGUGGUGUUCUCCAGUGGGGAAAGUAGAGGGCCAACGAGUGCGGGUGCGAGUGAGACGGCGUCGUUUGGGAGUGGAAGUGUGGGGCCGGAAGUGUCUCAUCUUGGGUGGGGAAGAUGGUAUACUUUGAGGGAACUAGAAUUAGCCACCAAUGGAUUGUGUGAAGAGAAUGUGAUUGGUGAAGGUGGUUAUGGAAUUGUCUAUCGUGGCGUUUUAACCGAUGGAACUAAAGUUGCUGUCAAGAAUUUGCUUAAUAACAGGGGUCAAGCUGAGAAGGAAUUUAAGGUGGAGGUGGAAGCAAUUGGGCGUGUACGACACAAGAAUCUUGUGAGAUUGCAUGGGUACUGUGUUGAAGGUGCAUAUAGGGUGCUUGUAUAUGAGUACGUUGACAAUGGCAAUUUGGAACAGUGGCUCCAUGGCGAUGUUGGGAAUGUCAGCCCUCUUACAUGGGAUAUACGUAUGAAUAUCAUAUUGGGAACAGCAAAAGGUUUAGCUUACCUUCAUGAAGGUCUUGAACCAAAGGUUGUCCAUCGGGAUGUAAAAUCUAGCAACAUCCUACUUGAUCGCCAGUGGAACCCCAAGGUUUCCGAUUUUGGGCUUGCUAAACUCUUGUGUUCUGAGAGGAGUUAUGUGACAACUCGAGUGAUGGGAACAUUUGGCUAUGUUGCUCCAGAAUAUGCUUGUACUGGAAUGCUGAAUGAGAAGAGUGAUGUCUAUAGCUUUGGUAUUCUUAUUAUGGAGAUUAUUUCUGGGAGAAGUCCUGUUGACUAUAGCCGACCACAAGGAGAGGUGAAUUUGGUGGAAUGGUUAAAAACCAUGGUUGGAAACCGAAAAUCUGAAGAAGUAGUUGAUCCUAAGUUACCUGAGAUGCGUAUUUCAAAAGCACUUAAACGUGUACUAUUGGUUGCUCUUCGAUGUGUUGAUCCUGAUGCAACAAAGAGGCCAAAAAUGGGGCAUGUUAUCCACAUGCUUGAGGCUGAUGAUCUCCUCUUCCAUGAUGAACGUCGAAUUGUAACAGAACCUUCCAAUUCACAUUCCAGUGAUCAGCAAACAAAUCGCAAUGCUAAAAAAUUAGGUGAUAGACAAUUUGAUGGGGCCUCAGCUUCCGAUACAAGUGAAGGUGAUAGCGGGCGGAACCAUCACCAGCCAUCUAGGUGGAGAUAAGGCUAUCAACAUUAGGUGACUAACAAAUUUAAGCCUCUUUUAAGUUUUUGAAGCUUUUUUUUCUUUCUUUAUUUAUUUUUCUAUUAGUUCCCCAGUAUUUUGUUGUAUCUCCAAUUAUGAGAAAAGAAUAAUCUGCAUUUAUUUUAUGUUUGGAUGAAUUUGUAUAAAUUGAUGAAUUCAUAACUCUUAUACCAAUUGUAAUUGAUUAUCUUGAUUUGUUUGAAAGUAAAAAACUUAUAUUAGGAUCACGAUAAAAAAUUAGUUUUCCUAUCAAUCUUUUCUUCUGUUUGAAGAUCAGUUAGAUAUUUUUUUCCCCAAAAACUUUGCCAUGGUUUUUGCAAUGCCUGGCUUUCCAAUUCUCAGCACCAUCAUUGUUAACCCUCAAAUCAGAUGGCAUAAUGGUCGUGGACCAUUUAUUCUGAUAUUUGCAUCUGCAUCUGCAUCUGCAUCAGUGCCAAUUCCAACAUCGGAUGGACCCAGCAACAGGCUAAUUUGAUGGAAACGGCCUCUUUAUUCAUGUGGCUUUUUCUAAUCCCUGUUGCCUUGGUGGAAUUAGUCCAUCUUGCUACGAAAUACAGGAUGUUUGUGUUGGCUUAUUAGAUUGGUUUCACCAUCAAUGCCAGAGCAUGCUUUCGACCAUAGAGCCUAAUAACGACAUUUGGCAUGAUGGAGUUAAGCUGGUUUUGCAUGUUUCUGGUGGGCCCCUUUGCCUUUGGUGGCAUUUCGACAAAUCUUGGUUGGUUUCAUACUUUGAUCAUCUCGCGGGACCUGGUCUUAUCCAAAUGUUCUAUUGAACCUGUCUUCUUAUCCUGUUUAAUCACAACUAUUCGACUACUUGUCCUUUUGGCUCGUUGGCCCCUUUCUUUUAUCAAGUAAUGUUCUUUAGGUCUGUUUCGAUUCUUCAGCCCUUCAUCCACAGCUAAAAACUAAAAACUCCUUCAUUCCCUCGACUAUGUUACGAACUGACACUUUCUCAUUUCAUAAAUGUUAUUCGGUUUAAACCAUACUUUAAAGUCGAAACUUAAAAAAAAAAAAAAAAGCUUGUUAUAAUGAUUAAGAUAUGUAGGGUUUGCGGGCAGUUAUGGUUAAACAAAGUCUUAAAUUACUUGACGCAUUAUCUAGCUUGUGAUCUAAAUUUGGUGUGCUAUCAUGUGAUGUUUGAAUGGUUAUGGGGAAGCGAAUUAUUUUGCCAAUAAACAAUUAGAGGGACGAGACAACGAUUUUAAUGUUCAAAACCCUUUGCAGGAGACAUAGGCAGAGCUUAUCUGAUGAAUUAUGAGGUUAUUGUCUCUGACUAUAAUCUAUUGAUAUUUGCAUCCAAAAAGGCAUAGAUUUUCAUUUUUUUGUUCUUACUUUUCAUAGUUACUGAUCUUAAUACUAUAAAUUGCCAUUCUUUUAUACAGUAAGUUUAGAGUUUAGAUACUAAUAUGCAUUGCCAAUUCAGGCAAACUUCUUUGGAUAGUAAUUUACGCAUUCAGUGGAACUAAAAUAAGGGGUUCGUUUUAAAAUUUUACACGUGAUUGUGUGUACGGCAAAAAUUGGUUGUCGAUGGAUGUAAGUGACAAAUCUUUCUUGAAAUUCACGGCUUAAUUUGUACAAAAUCU